AUGUCUGCGAUCGAGUCUAAAUCCAAGAUUCGCCCGCAACAGUCGUGCUCUAAAUGUCGCGAGCGCAAAGUCAAGUGCGACCGAAAUAUCCCCUGCGAGGCCUGCAUCCACCGCGGCAUUGAAUCGGAAUGCACCUAUCUCACCUCCCCCGAAGAUCGCGCCCACAUCAGCCAAGCCGAGAUCAUCGACCGCCUGCGCCGCGAAGUCGCCCAACUGCGCACUCAAUUGAACCAGACCUCUGUGCGCGGUCCAAGUCUCAAUCGCCGCGAUAGAGUCUAUGCGCGCAAGAAUAAGACAGUAGGAGUGCGCGGGAGCUAUACCGCCGGUACGGGCAGCGACAGUGGUGCUGGUGGUGCUGGUUAUGUUCAACAGCAUGGGUAUCCGGGGUCAACGGGGUCGUAUGGGACGCAGACUACUGAAGUCGAUGUGACGACGGCGACGGACAGUGCGGCAUUGGGGAGCUAUCUCAAUGACGACACACUACCCCAAUUCCAUGCAGGCAGCAUGCCAGCUUUCGCGCCGAAAAUCCCUGGAUCAGGCCCAAUGCAGGGUCUCUCGUCACAACAUAUGCAUCCCGCGCCCGACGAAGGACUAACGGGACUGCCCCCAAACCAUAUGUACGGUAAGCAGGAUAGUCCACGCUACGACGGGGGCCCUGCGCAUACGCAUGCGCAGACUCACAUGGCCAGCUACCACCACGGGGGCUAUACCCAGAAUACAUACGAUUACAGCAUGCAUACUGUGGCCAAGCAUGAGUCCUCGCAAACAUACUCUCAGCCUUGGAGUCAAGGACAUUCCUUUCCACAGACACAGACACAUAUGCCGUCACAACCUCAACCGCAACUACAAGUCCAAUCACCUCAUUAUCCAGACUCAACAUACUACCCCUCAUCCAUUCACACAAACAACUUUGCGCCCGCGCCCACAGACUCGACCAUAUACCCACACCCUCAGCCUCACUCCUACCACACCACCAGCCAAACACAACAACAAACACAAACAUACUCACCACCCCACCAUCCAACCGAUUACCAAACCCACGCCAUCAACUCCAUCCCCGAUUCCUGGAAAGGCCCCGACAAACAAGCCCUACUCGAAACACUCCUCGAAACUAUUACCAGCUGUGACGAGGAGCGCGUCGCUCAAGUUGUCGCCGUUGUGCGGACUAGCGAGACACCCGAGGAAGCUGUCUCGGGGAUAUGUCGGGUUUUGGGGAUUAGUGGGGAUGGAAAUGGGGUUGAUCUCUCCAUGCAUUGA